AUGGUAGUGCACCCAGGAGAUCCACGGAUAAAAGGGUUAGAAACUUCAGUACAAGAAGGUAUCAUUGGGAAAGUUACUGCAACGGACAAGUUUCUUGAUCUAUUUCGAAACAUGAUGCCUGAGAACAUCGUCCGAUCCACAUUCCAGCAACAGCAGACAGUAUAUGUCUCUAUGAAUAUCUCGGGUAGUGAGAGCAUCGAAAAAGCCCGCAUAGUUUACGCAGAUGGCAUGAAUGUUCUUGGUUUGAUUGUUUUCUGUAUCGUUAUGGGCAUUGUCAUAUCGUUAAUCGGGGAGCCUGCCCGUCCUCUUGCCAACUUUUUCAUUGCUUUAGACAUUGUCAUUACCAAAAUGGUGUUCUUUAUCAUGUGGUUUGGGCCUAUCGGAAUCCCAUCACUGAUAGCUCAAAAAAUGCUUGAAGUGAACGAUCUGGUAGCGACAGCCCACACGUUGGUAAUGUUCAUUCUGACCGUAACUUUUGGUUUGGCUGUCCAAUGCUUUGGCACUCUUCCUUUGAUUUAUUUUAUUGGCACAAGACAAAAUCCCUACACUUUUCUUCGUGGUCUUGGACAAGCUGUCCUCACUGCUCUCGGCACAUCUUCUAGUGCCGCUUCUCUACCAGUAACAUUUCGCUGUUUGAAUGAUCUUGGAGUUGAUAGUCGAGUGACAAAGUUUGUUCUUCCGGUUGGUGCGAUGGUAAACAUGGUAAGCACGUACUAUUCUUUCUUCCACGCGGGCUUCUCGAGUAGAGUGGAAGCACAGCUAUGA